AUGAAGAAACUUCCGGGCUUUGGUGCACCGAAGCCUGUGAACACCCUCGCCGUGAACACCACCACAAACCCGCGACAACCUAUCCCCUCCACGUCCGUAACCACUCGGUCGAGCCCGCCUCUCCCGCCACCUGUAAAGCGACAGAGGAUCGAAGGAAAUGCCCCGACUCCUACCCAUACCAAUCUUCAGUUCGCGCCAUCACUUGAUUGGGCGGCCAACGACAAGAAUCCGCGCAAACGUGUCCGCAGCGAGGCCUCUGGGGUUGAUGAUUCGCCAACGCUGAGUGUUCAGUCGUUGGGUUCCAAGUCAAGCCACCUUAACGUCAAGGAAAAUCGAGUUGUCGAGAAGAAUAAUACUUACCCUCGUAAGAAGCGACAACGUUAUAGCAAGCGCGCACCCGGUACACGCACCGAUGAAGGACGCAUGGAAGGCCCCAGCGGAAAGUCUCCAGCGUCAUGUCUCACGUCUAGCGAAGUCGAGGACGAGCCCAAGGACCACGACGUUGACAUUGUUGAGUGCCAACCAGUCCCCUCGGUCUCAGGAGGGCAAGAGGGAAAUGCCGCGCAGGAGCGUCCCAUUGGUGACUAUGAAGGCCGUUUUCGUAAGAAAGGGAAUGGGAGCUCACUCACUCUCGAUACCAGGGCCAAUGCUCUGGAAAAAUUCAUCAAGGUCCUUGACAAUACGGAUCCAAAACGGCAGAAGAUUCCCAGCAAUAGCCCUGAUGAGCUAGCCCCGAAUGCAGACGAUUUCAAGAGGGUGUCUGUCAGGCAACCAUUGCAACCGUCGCCAAGUCUCUCGACGAAAGGCGAUAUUCUGCGGACAAAGUUCAACAGAACGAAACCACCGAAACCCAAGGUGGUCGAGGCAUCAGAUGCAGAUCGUGAUCUCGCCAAGGACAUAGUUGGCGACGGGCUUAGCAUUAUAUGUGGUGCUUCUGGUCGCUAUAAAUACUACCAGUCACAUGUCCCCGAAGCCAAUCGUUGCUUUCUCUCGGCAGGGAUGAUCAGUACCAUUCUGCGACCUACUGACCAGGCUGGCAACCCCCUAAAGCAGUAUGAAUACCUGACAGUGAACCUCGGGAAUGUCACGGAAAUUGCGCGGUGUGAGCAACGACACGAAAGCAAUAUCAUCCUUGUCGCCCAAAGUCUUGAUCACAUGACUGGAGCUGGACCGAAGCUUAUGCUAGAGCUGGCAAACCGCAACUCAUGCGACAAAUUCAUGCAAUGGGCCUUGAUGAAGAGAGUUGAGAGCCGAACUCUCCAGAUUAAACACUGUUCACCUGCGAUUCUCACAAAGCAAUUCCAGGAAUUGCUCAAGAGGGCAGAGAGGGACACUGUUCUCAGGGAUGAGGAUUCGGUUGCCGAUGACAUGCUACUCAUUGCACACAACAAACAAGCUCGUUCUCGUGUGGCUCAGAGACCAGGUCACGGUCCAUCUGGCGUAGCUCCGCGACUAAAAUUGAAGGAUGCCAUGAGGCCAUCUCCCAGCUCCCGGUCCACUCAGAAUGAUGAUGUGGUCACGCAAUCGGCAGAUACAGACGAACAUAACGGACAGAGGACAGAACGCACGACGCGUUGGACGUUCGCGCUGAGAGAUUCACCGAAGCGAUUCGGUCCUAGGCCCGAGAUUUGGACGAUGGCCAAUCCUGACUGGGAAAAGCAAUGGCUGGAUGAAGGACAGUUCCUGAAUGACAAUUUGGUCAUCUUCUAUCUGCGGUACCUCCAGGACAAGCUGGAGCGGGAAAGGCCUGACCUAGCUCAGCGAAUUUACUUCCAGAAUACUUUCUUCUACGAUAAGCUGAAGCCGUCGAAGAACAGCCGCGGGAUCGACUAUGAUAGUGUCAAAGCAUGGACCUCCAAGGUUGAUAUCUUCACGAAAGACUUCAUCGUUGUCCCGAUAAAUGAGUAUAAUCAUUGGUAUGUUGCAAUCAUCUACAACGCACCAAAGCUCGUGCCGUCUCCUAAUGGGUCGGGAACGCUGGUUCCCGACCAAAGGGCAUCGACCCCGAUUGAGGAUGAAGCAGAGGUUGCGCAAACCCCUAGAGAGCUUCCCGCGGGGACAGCAACGACGCGCGGUCUUCUGGACGAUGAAACCAUCAAGGCUACUGCAGAGAGUGAUGUCCUCAGCGACUUGAGCCGUAUGUCGAUCAACAGCCCCGACAUUCUGGUUAGUGAGGCUAAGCAGGCAACAGACAGCAAGCAAGACACCGUGCACGAUGAUGCGCGAUCGGACGAACCUUCUUCGGUUAUCCAUAUAGUUAAGGACUCGGAUGAAUCGAAGGCUGAUCUCGAGCAGAUCUCGGAUCCCGUCAGCAGUCAAAGCCGGAAGAAGCCAGGCAAGAGACAUAACACUGGCCUUCGGAAGCACAACCUCGAUGCGCCCAAGAUCAUUACACUUGACUCUCUCGGCGGAACCCAUUCACCAACCUGCAGUUUUCUUCGGUCAUACCUGGUUGCAGAGCUGAAAGACAAAAGAGAUAUAGAGAUUGCGAACCCUGGUGCUUUAGGUAUGACAGCUAAGGGCGUCCCUGAGCAGUCGAAUCACUGCGAUUGUGGGGUGUAUGUGCUGGGCUACAUUGAAGAAUUCUUGAAGAACCCCGACAAGUUUGUUCGCAGCUUACUCCAGCAUGACGACGAGAUUGAAUGGAACCUAGAUCCGUCAGUGCUUCGGAAUGAGAUCAGAGACCUGAUCUUCGCCAUGCAGCGAGAACAGCAACGAAAGGAAGAUGUUAUUCGAGAAAAGAAGCGACAGGCAAGAUCCAAGAAGAUGACCACAGCCGAGGAGACGGGUGACUCCCAGAAACCAGCCGUUAGUCCUGCAGAGAAGCACAGUGAUGCUCCGGCGGAAGCCAAAGCCAUGCGUGAAAAGUGUGGUACCGAAGGGGAAGCAUCGCAUGUUGCGACAGACCCACGCCCACCUAGUUCGUCAUGUCACAGUGAGACUCGAGGAGCGUCCAAGGGUAAUAUCCAGAGUGGUAGUCCUGACGUGAUGGGAAAGGGUGGCACACCAAGACCGCAGUCGUCCAGCUCCAACGAUCGUGGUGGUGUGAGGAUGCUAAACCAGCCCGUUGACCAGGAAGGCGAUUCCGGCGGAAAAGAGAGAUAUGUCGAAUUGCAAUCCGAUUCGACUCCACUGGAGGUUUUGCCUCGGGUGCAUGGUGAGAACCCUGAGUCAGGUGAUGGGCAGCUCUUUCUAAACGGUGAAGGCGACGUUCAAACAAAGAUCCGCAACCACCAGGGCCACUCCAGAGGGGAAGAAUCAAAGGCGAUAACGAAGGUCAAGUCGGCUACAGUUCUCCUCUCCCCCGGACCUUCAACACAGACACUGGAAUCGGGAGACGAGCUGUCCAUGCCAGGUACCUUUCCUACAUCCCCUGCUGUUAGGGCCAAUGCGGGUACGAAGUAUCGCCUUUCGUCUCCUAGUGGAGAUAGUGUCGACGAUAUCAAGAAGCGAUUUCUCCAGCCACUGGAGUUUCCGUCCGAGUCAUCCCGUGACGGGACGCCGACGAACCCCAUGCUCGUUGAGGACUCAGAAGCGGUUCGUCAUAGCACAGGGGAUGAUGCUCAAAGACGUCAAAAUGGUCAGCCGAGGAAGCCCAAACUCGUGGUUGAACUGUCAACAGUCAGUUCUCGCAAUCAGCAGUCGCAUGCGGGCACCCAGCCCGACCGUCGAAAGGAGACCUCCUCGCAGAGCCGCCAUUUUCCUCCUCGAAAAGAGACCACACAAAGCCAUCACUUUGCUGGCCGACAACCAGGCGAUCGGAUGGCCUCGGCUAAGUUGCAUGAUGAUGACGCGGAACACAAAGUCAUUGAUAUUUCUGACUGA